CUUUUUAUUUUAUCCAUGCAAACCACUGGAGUCGGCGAACCUCACAUGAUUACUUUGGAUGGAGUUGAAUACACCUUUAAUGGUUAUGGCGACUAUCAAAUUCUCCAGGUAGCACCUUCUGGGUUCAAGCUACAGGGAAGAAUGCAGCCUUUAAUCAAUCGCUACGGCAGAAAGACUCUUGGUACAGUUUAUAAGGCGUUUGCGAUGAAGGAAAAUGGCUCGGAUAUUGUUCAGGUUCACAUCAACGGCCGCAAUGAAGUUGACGUUCUGGUGAAUGGAGCUUUGAUGGAAUUUGAUGAGCGACUGCUAAUGGAUUUUAAUGGCGUCACAGUUUUAAAAUACAACAACUCCUAUAAAUAUUCCACCAUAUUCAAUUCUGGGAUAUCAGUUACAAUCGAGAAGGCCGAUGAACUUUUACAAAUGAUGCUACUGGUGCCACAGAUGUAUAAAGGUAUGCCCCAUCCUAAACAUUCGUCUAAAGUGACAUCCUGGAAUUUAUGAUCACAACAGGUCGAGGCUGUUUCUCUUUGUUAUAACAAAUAAUGAUGAAAUUAAAUUCAGCGUUAUCUGAAUGAUGCUGGCUUUUCUUGAUAAGCUGGAGAGCCUUCUUUAUGAGAAGUAUCUUUAGUAAAGCAAUCAAGCGGCAACUGACAGGUAACGCCGGCAAACUGCAGCAAAUUGGAAGGAAGAACUACUGUUUGAUUAUUCAACGCCAAUUAAAAGGCAACCCUCAGUUUUAAAUAACAAGUACGAUGCGACAGUUUUUAAUUCUUUGAAAUUAACUCAUGUGUUAAUAUGUCUAUUUAU